AUGUGCGCUUUUCAGGAUGUGCUUUCAAGCGCAGCAUCAGCGCUGGAGGCAAUAUCUACAGCAAAACUGCAAGAUGAACUCAAAAGAGAUUGCGCGCGUCUCGCAAAAGAACUGCGCACGUUUAUGGGCAAGCUAGAGGAAGGUGCAAAAUCUGUAGAAAGAAAAGCGAAAUCUAUUCCCAAAUCCGACGCAACGACGGAGACAGCUUCCUCGGACGUUGCUGACAGCACCAAAAAGACUUCUGCGCAGGCAAAUAUACCAUCAAAAUCUCCUGAUAUGCCAAAAAUUGCCCCGCUUCCAAAAGGAGAUCGGCAACUUGUACUUACUACUGCACAGCGAUCAUCUCCAACGGCAAAACUCCAAAAAACGCAAGAAAGUUUGAGACUACCUUCUGCUCAAGCGCAGAAGGAGCUACGCAUAGCGAAAACUCGCCAACUGCUACACCUCCUAAGAAUGUAA